GUCGCUGGGUCUUUUUCAACCGGCGAGUCACGUUCACUGCUCCAUUAUUUAUUGGUACCACUUGGCCACUCUCCAAACUGGUCUAAAUAAAGACAACCUAGAGUGAGAUUUCCUUCACAAAUUAUUAUUAGAAUCGCUCUUUUUGAAGGUGACAUUAUCGCUUAUUACAUCUGUUGAUUAAUCCUUAAACCUUUUUAAGGAUCUUUUAGCUACCAAAGAUUCCAAAAAGCGUUUUCUGGGUUUUGUCUCAUUUUCCUGUUCGCCUCAGAUUCCCUUCAAAAACUUAGCUUCAGCUCAGAAUUUAAUUUCAGUUGCUUGCUUGCUUGCUUGUGGGUGCUACUGCUAACAGUCUUUAAAACUUACUGGGUGACAAUAUAAGCUCUGAGGGAAAGGACCUACUCUGUUAAAAAUAGAUCUUAGACUUUUGGCUGAAACUGAAUAGAUAGUGGACAUGGUUCAGAAAUUAGAAGCUAUCAGGGGUGGUGGAGGAUCCGUCAAGGUGGGGACCACAGGAACAAUCAGUGCACUAAUGACAAGGGAACUAGAAUCCAUUAAAUCUGCAUCACAGACAUCAGUGUCUCAUCAAGAUAAGCCUAAGACUGUUGCCGUCUCGGUUCCCUGCAGUGUGAGUACUACUAGAAGAUUACCAGUAAGAAAAUCAUUAAAUGAAGCAAGCAGCAGCUCUAAUCAUAGAAGCACUGAGGCUGCUCAGAAGAUGAAAAACUACAAUAGAAGUGCUCAUCGGAUGCCAAUGCUCUCCUCUGAGAACGCAUCUAUUGAGAGAACUCCCAUUAGGGAGAAAACCAAAAAGAAAGGAACUAACAUUGUUGAAAUUGUGGACAUAAAAUGUGGUCACCCAGAUAAGGCAUGGGCUAGCCCUAUAACCAGCAAGCUUAAGAAGCUUGGUUUCUCCAAGCUAUCUGAGAGCAUUAUCUAAACUUGCAAGUUCUUGACAUCAGAUUUCAGGUUCCUGUAACUGAACUCUGAAAUUCCUAUGCGCCUGUUGUUGUUUGAAACUUCCACCACAGAACACAUGCUUGGUAAAAGCCUGCUGCUUCCUUUCUUUUUCUUUUUCGGGGUUGUUGGCGCAGAUCGAACAGUGGGUUUGGAUUGAUGACUACUAGUUGAGGCUAUUCCAGUAGUAUGAAAUUUGGGCUUCUGUGAGCUUCCUGGAUAGCUUGAUUCUAAUUGGCUGAAAUACCUGAUUUCUUGCAUUAUGAGGGACCCAACAGUUCCCCGUGUGCCUAUAUCUACAGGAGUCUGUGCUGCCAUGUCUUCAGGGGUUUUUGUGGAUGUGGUGCUACUGCUAGAUUUAUGCAUGUUCUGUUUGUUCAGGUGAAGGAGGCUUGCAAAUGGAAAUGAAGAGAAGUGGUUUGGGAUCUUGAUCUAGGUGGGGAAAUUGCUUCAAAUCUGUGGCAUAUGUUGAUUGGUCUUAUACUCAUUACGUUCACAUGAAUUCUUCACUCAUGUUGUGUUUUUCUCAGUGAAGAGCAUUAGAUUUUCUCUAUUUAAAAGUUCAGAUGGUGACAUGUUCAUUGUAUUCAUAUGCUUGCUGUCCAUACAUUUAAUAUGUUAACCACCGUACUUUUUCCUCUUUUAA